AUGCAGAAUCUAAAGGAAACCAUCAUUCGCCCGUGUGCUAACGUUGAAGUUCAUCGUCACCUUGUUACUGGGCCUCAGGCGAAUGUCAGAGAUGAGCACAUUCAAGCCAUGCAAGAUGCUGGAGCCUUCCAGGGAGGCCAGGAUUCCGCGACUAGCGAGACGGGAACGCGAGGGCCAGCUGACAGUGAGGCAGAGCCAACGAGGGAAGCAUACGACAAGUACAAGCCAUCCUGGUCUGAAGAGCUGUUUACUUUGGUUCACCGGAGCUUUAUCAGUAACAAACGAAACCCGCGAGCGUUUCAGGCGAGGGUUGUGCAGACGCUAGUGCUGGCUGUUAUUGCUGGUCUUAUAUAUCUACGAGUUUCUCCAGAUAACUACCUGUCAAGAAGUGGUGCCUGCACCUUUAUAAUCCUGAAUCAAGGGAGUCUCGGGAUGGUUUCAGUACUCCAUACGUUUACAAGCGACAAAGUUUUGGCGAUUAGAGAGUACCAGUCAGGCCUUUACCGCCUCACUUCGUAUUACUGUGGCAAAAUGAUCGCUGAUUUUUCCUUGCAAAUGAUCUUCCCCGUUGUUUUCGCAACCAUUGCUUGGUACAUGGUCGGUCUAAAUGAUGCGGCAGUGCGCUGGCUGCUGGGUCUGCUGUUCAUCUUGCUGACAACAAAUAGCGCAAUUUCAAUUGGUUACGCUGUAUCUAGCGCCGCGCCUACGACGAGGAAACCAGGACAGCCCAAGGCUUGCUACGGAUACCUUGAGGAGCGUCGCGACUGCUGUCUUGUGGACACUGACUGUUGCCUUAUUUCACUGGUGUUUUGCUCUCUGCGGUUUGUGCAUUCCACCACAGCUUCAGUUCGCUUCAACGAUGAUCCCGAUACUGUUCAUGCCCCUUGUCCUCAUGUCUGGAUUUAUGGUGAUUUUGUCAAGCAUGCCGAGCUUUUGGAUUUGGCUACAAUACAUGUCGCCCUUCCGAUGGGGAUGGUCCGGUGUGAUGCAUGCUGUUUGGGGUACCGGUUGAUUGGUCUCGGCAUUCUCCUCCAAAUCAACCGCCGCAAGUAA